AAGGUACCCAGCUCGCUGCGCCAUGCACAAUACCCCAUUUUCUGUAGCUGGGAUGUCGUCCUCGACGGCCUCGCACCAUGGCCCUAAUUUGAACGCGUGGGGAAGCACCAGCACAGGUGGUUCAACUUUCGGCGAGUCACUUUCGCAGUCACGAAGCCACUAUCAGUCCGGUUACCUCAUGUCCGCGUCUCAGAGCAAUCACUCGCCACAAGGAAACCAACGGGCUGACGAGGUUCCGGUGGUUCAAACGAAAGCUAAAAUGAACCAGGUGUUGUCUAGGGCGGAUUUUGGGAUGGACUCCAUGUUUCAAAGCAGCAGGCAACGCCAGGCACUGGCAGAUGAAGAUGCACCACCGAUGACAUCUGUCAACGACAUUCCCAAUGAGAUUAUUCUAGACUCACCGAACCCUACUCGUUUUCAACCUAGAAAUUCCGCGUUCGGACACAGAAAGGUUCCAUCUGCCAGUGCCCAGAUUGCGCAGCACCAGCCGCUGUAUGUUGUUGUCUUUGGAUACCCUGCGGACAAGUACAGCGUGACAGUGGAAUACUUCAAGUCACUAGGAGACGCCACCGACAUAGAGCACAAUUCCGAGAUUAUGAACUGCUUCAGGAUAGGUUACAGGGACCCAGGGGAUGCGAUGAGGGCCGUGCGGAAGAAUGGUGAAGUUCUUGGUGGAAGUUGGAUGGUCGGCGCCAAGUGGGCAGACGCAGCACAAGCAGAAGCACUACUUGGACAGCCGGUGACCCGAGUGAAUGGCAGCGGUGCGGAAUCGCCUGCAAACGCCAUGGCUGUCGAUGAACCUAUGUCUCCCUCGACAUCAAGCGUACCGCACACUCCGACCGUCGGAACCCCCAUUAGGCUGGCGCCUUCAGCUCUGGCAUUCAAAAAGACUGGUGCCGCGUCGGCUGCACCUUCAAAGCCAUCCGUGACUCCGAGAUGGGGUACACCAGGAGGGGUGGCACCUGGCACGGCGCCUGCGGGUGGGGACCGCCCCAUGUAUACCGCUACGCCUCCCUCGAUCCAAGCAUCUCCAAGUAAAGGUGUCAUAGGACAGGUGUCGGACCUCUUAUUCGGUUGGUAGAGCUGUUCGUAUGUUGUUAUGUCUGGGUUUAUAAUGACUUGACAUCUUCUGUU